CUUCUUCUCUCUCACUUUUUAGGGUUUUUAGUAACCCAGUUUCCACUUUUUCAUCAUCUUCUUCAAUAUUGAUUACAAUUUGUGUCAAGGAUUUGAAGUUUUUAGAACUUUCAAACCAGUAUAAAUAAUGGGAAGGGGAAAGAUAGUCAUCACCAAGAUCGAGAACCGGACGAACAGGCAAGUUACCUUCUCAAAACGCCGUGUUGGGCUCCUCAAGAAGACUCAUGAACUCUCUGUGCUGUGUGAUGCUCAAAUAGGCCUCAUCAUCUUCUCCAGCACUGGAAAAUUGUUUGAGUACUGCAGUGAAACCACCAGCAUGGAGCAGCUGAUAAGAAGGUAUCAGCUGGCCAAAGGAAUGAGAAUUCCGGAGACCAUUAAUCACGAUGUGGGACAAAUUCAUGAUGAAUUAAGAAGAAUGAGAAGGGAAACCCAGAAUCUUCAACUGAGUCUGCAACGCUACACUUGCGAUGACUUGAGCUGUGUGAAUUAUGAAGAACUGGCUGAACUUGAACACCAACUUGAACGCUCAAUUAUCAAAGUUCGAGCCAGAAAGUUUGAGCUCUUGCAGCAGCAGGCAGACAAUAUGAGGAGGAAGUUUUUUGUCGAACACAGUACCGGUUCGAGCGAGAGUUGGCCGUAUUGUAUUAGAACUGAGCUUAAUGAUUCGGGGCGACUGUUAGAGGAGGAAAACGAACAAAUAUAUGGACUAAUUAGGGACCAUGAGGCAGCUGCCUGGCAGCAACAGCAAGCACAGGCAGCUGAAGCAGUGUUAACAAUGGCAACAAAAAUCGAAGAGCCUCGACAGGUGCUCGAACAAUUCCCGUUUGCCGGCGAGGCACAGCCCCGUGGUGUUCUUGAGCUCGCCAUUCCUGAUUGUCACCCCUACAGGCUUCAGCCUCUUCAGCCAAAUCUUCAAGACUUCAAUCUUCACUGCCCCAAUUAUGAAUGAAGAUUGAACUGGUAUCGGAUUCUCAGGGAGAAGAAGAAGGUUUAUUUAGGAGCCUUGACAGAUAUAAAUGAAGACCUUUUAUAAUUAUAAAUUGAACAGUUUAAUAUAUAUGUUUUAGUGUGCGUGAUUAAACUCUGAACUUAUAUUAUAAUAUAUAUUGAAAAAUAAUUUAUAUAA